AAGAAAAAUAUCAGCAGAGUUCUCUUUUCAAUACAUUUGUCGUCACCUAUAAAUAGGCAAAGCCACAGCUAAGCAAAUUCAUUAACAUAUUUUGGUUUAGGUGAUGCAGCAGAGAGGUAGAAUUAGUAAUUGUAAAUCAAGAACCUUUUCUAGAUCUCGCAUUGCUGUUGAAGGUUGUUAACCUUUUUAGCUAACUACCAUAACUCUACGUCCAGUUUGUCCAAUUGAAAAGAUCACAAGAUUCUAGUGAAUUUUCACAACUAUGGCUGCCACUGAUGCUGCUGCUCCAGGACAAGAGCGUGAGAUUCAAAAGAGUUAUUGGAUGGAGCAAACUGCUGAACUCAAUUUGGAGGCAAUGAUGCUGGACUCUGAAGCAUCUGAUCUUGAUAAAGAGGAUAGGCCUGAGGUGCUCUCACUGCUUCCCUCAUAUGAAGGGAAAUCCGUGUUGGAAUUGGGUGCUGGUAUUGGCCGUUUCACAGGGGACUUAGCCGAGAAGGCUGGGGAGGUUGUAGCGGUGGACUUUAUUGAAGACGUGAUUAAGAAGAAUGAAAACAUCAACGGGCACCACAAGAAUGUCAAGUUUAUGUGUGCUGAUGUGACUUCACCAGAUUUGACUUUUUUACCUGAAUCAGUGGACUUGAUAUUUUCUAACUGGCUACUGAUGUAUCUUUCCGACGAAGAGGUUCAGGACCUUGCAGAGAGAAUGGUCAAAUGGUUGAAAGUUGGUGGCUAUAUACUUUUUAGAGAGACAUGCUUCCAUCAAUCAGGAGACCACAAGGGAAAGAACAACCCAACCCACUAUCGAGAGCCUAGAUUUUAUACAAAGGUUUUCCAAGAAUGUAAUUCAAAGGAUGGUGCUGGAAAAUCAUAUGAACUUUCUCUCAUCGGAUAUAAGUGCAUUGAAACUUAUGUAAGAAACAAAAAGAAUCAAAAUGAGAUUUGCUGGAUAUGGCAGAAGGUUCGUUCUGAGGAUGACAGGGGAUUCCAGCAUUUCUUGGACACUGUUCAGUACAAGUCCAAUGGCAUACUGCGAUAUGAACGAGUCUUUGGGCCAGGCUUUGUGAGCACAGGAGGAAUCGACACCACCAAAGAAUUUGUUGCCAUGAUGGAUCUUCAGCCUGGCGAAAAAGUCCUUGAUGUUGGCUGUGGCAUCGGUGGAGGCGACUUUUACAUGGCUGAGAAGUAUGAUGUUCAUGUUGUCGGCAUUGAUCUGUCAGUUAACAUGAUCUCAUUGGCUUUCGAACGUGCUAUUGGUCGCAAAUGCGCGGUUGAAUUUGAGGUUGCUGAUUGCACAGAGAAAACAUAUCCUGAAGGAUCAUUCGAUGUGAUAUACAGCCGGGACACUAUCCUGCACAUCCAGGACAAACCUGCAUUAUUCAGAUCUUUCUAUAAGUGGCUGAAGCCUGGAGGCAGAGUCCUCAUAAGUGAUUAUUGCAAAAAGGCAGGACCAGCAUCAGAAGAAUUUGCAGCAUAUAUCAAACAGAGAGGUUAUGAUUUGCAUGAUGUCGAAGCAUAUGGACAGAUGCUCAGAGAUGCUGGCUUCAACGAAGUUGUUGCUGAGGAUCGAACUGAACAGUUCAUGAACGUUCUCCAGAAAGAGUUAGAUAUUGUGGAGAAGGAUAGAGAGUCGUUUAUCCAGGAGUUUUCUGAACAAGACUACAAUGAUAUAGUUGGAGGUUGGAAGGCCAAAUUAAUCAGGACUUCAUCCGGUGAGCAGAGAUGGGGUUUGUUCAUUGCCAAGAAGAAGUGAUCAUGAAUGUCACGAUAUUCUGUGUUAAUUUAUGCAAUCAAAUCUGAAUUGUCCAAUGUUAUAUCAUUAUCUAGUACCUGCCUUUAGGCAUGAUUUGUGUCAUUAUGUGCUGUUUGAUUGAAUCUUAUUCUUCAAGAAUAACAUUUAUGUAUUGGUCCUCUCUUGGAGAAAGAACUCUUUUUAAUUCGACUGCUA